UUUUGCAACAUAUGACUCAAUAGUGCAGUAUUCAAUGGACAAUAGCAACGGUUCUACCCUGAUAGACAUAAAAGGGAUACAAGCACAGUUUUUCUGUUUUGACAUCCAAACAAACUCGGUGAUAAUUAUUGGCGAGACUUCUCAGGGUUAUUUAUUGCACCUUCAGCGCAUUGAUGCAAACCGAAACAUAACAAAAGUACAUCUCCCAUAUGUGGAACAUCCAACAGAAAUAACGUGCGUAGCAGAGAAAAGAGUUGCUGUAAUAUCACAUGGGAAUGAGCUUGUCAUAUUUGAAAUAGAAAAUUUAACGUGGACAACACUCCAAACACCCUAUCAAGAGGCACAUUUACGUCUUGCAGUUCAUCAAACAGAUAACGACAUCUUCUGUGCAGAAACAAAACAAAAUGAAAUAUUCCGAUUAAGCUAUGAUGGAAAGUAUUUUACGAAGGUGUAUGAAGGGAAUGAGGGAGAAAUAACAGAUUUUGAUGUAGAUCAUACAUUUGUUUACGUUCUGACAAAGAAUCCGAGACAAAUUUUAAUGAUAAACAAAUCUGAUGGAAGUAUCUUUUCAAGAUUGAAUUUAUCCCAAAUGAUUGGACAUAUUUCAAAAGUCAUUUUCAUUCCUGUUAAAACAGAAGGAAACACUCAAAAAAACACAGGAGAUGGAAAAAAUGACCCAGGCAUAUCCAUAUGGGUACAAAUAGUUGUCCCCAUUGUGCUAAGUUUUGUAGUAAUUUUUGCCCUAGUUAUUGUCAUUUUACGAAGAAAAGGAAGGACAGAUAGAGACUGCAAAACAAAUGUUGAGGCGGUAAAUAACAAUGAAAUCAAAGAACAACAUAAACAUAAUGAAGUUUAUGAAGUACGAGUCCGUAUGACAAAGAUCAAGAUGAAGAAAACGGGAGGCGACGAAGGGACGAAAAAAAGAGCGGGAAUACAACAAAAGGACAGUGAUAGAGGAAGUGAGCCCUGA